AUGGAGCAACCCAAGCAACAAUCUGGAAACAUGAGUGUGGAGGUGAUGCUGAAAAAGAUUAUGGCUAACUUAGCCCAGUUAGCUGCUGAUGUGAGAAAUAAUCAAUUAGCUACACAGAAUCUGGAGAAGCAAUUUGGGCAGUUUCCUAGUUCCCAAAAUUCACGAUCGCAAGGAGGUUUGCCUGGAAACACUGACCCAAAUCCUAAACAGGUGAAUGCAGUAAGUACAUGCAGUGGUUUGCAAUUGGAGGAGUUAGCUCCUAAGAAAAGAGACACUGAAGUUAUACACAAAGAGAGUGAACCUAAAGAGGGUGAGCUUAAGGAGAAUGAAGUAGUUGCACCGGAAGAAAGAGUGCAACCAACAGUGAGACCACCUCCUCCAUUUCCUCAGAAGUUCAAGAAACAAAAGGAGGACGAAUGUUUUGGUAAGUUUCUCUCUCUCUUGAAACAAGUUCACAUUAACUUUCCAUUGGUAGAUGUUUUGCAGGGUAUACCCAGGUAUGCGAAGUAUGUGAAUGAGACCGUAGCAAAAAAAAUGAGGCUGACAAAGUAUGAGAUUGUGGCACUUACUGAAGAGUGCAACUCCAAAAUUCAGAACAAGCUGCCUAUUAAACUAAAACAUCCGGAUAGUUUUACUGUGCAGAUUACUAUAGGGCAAAGCAUUCAUGCUCGAGGAUUGUGUGAUCUAGGAGCGAGUAUAAAUUUGAUGCCAACUUCUCUGUACAAAAAGUUGGGGUUGGGUAGUCCUAAACCAACUACCAUAAUUUUGCAGUUGGCGGAUAGAUCUGUAGCUAGACUUGAGGGUGUUGCGGAAUAUGUGUUAGUGCAAGUGGAACUCUGA